AUGCUGAGUCAAAGGAUCCCAGCUUCGGUGGUGAGCUUCAACGCCGCGAUCGGCGCAGCGGCGGAAGGCUUUGCCUGGUGGACCGCUCUAUUUUUGGUCGCCGACCUGCAGCGUUGCGCCUUGCAGCCGACGCUGCCGAGCUUUUGCGCUGCCAUGACCGCCUGCGCGCGAGCCGAGGCUUGGGAAGAAGCUCUGCAGACGUUCCACGCACUCUCAUGGCAUGGCCUGCGGCCGGAUGCUGUGGCGCUGGGGGCCGCAAUUUCAGCCUGCGAUCGGGGCACCCAAUGGCAAGGCGCGCUGCAUUUGUUCGCCGGAGCCAGCACAGUGCUGACCGACGCAAUCGCGGCGACAGCUGCGAUCUCUGCAUGCGCGCAGGCAGACAAGUGGCAGGCAGCGCAGCAGCUGUGGGUGGAGAUGCACCGCGCAGGUGUGCCACCGACAGUGACGACCUGUGAUGCCAUGGCUGCAGCAUACAGUCGCUCUCACCGAUGGCAGCAAGUUCUAGCGCUUCAGGCCGAGAUGCAUGAAGCUAGCUUGCAGCCAAGUCCCGGGAUGCUUGCCAUUCUUGCAAAAGGAUUCGGUGCUUCCUUCCACUGGGCCAAGGCAUUGAAUCUGCUGGCCGAGCGCUGCGAAGCCCCUGUGCGGGGCGCGGUGGCGGCCGAAUGUGCGCGCAGCACCAUGUGGGCUUAUUCGUUGGCCAGCAUGGUGGCCAUGCGACAGAAGCAGGCGCCACUCGACUCCGUCGCGUUUGGCAUCUUGACUGGUGCUUGUGCCAAGUCACAGCAGCUUGCCAGGGCUGUUCCGCUUCUCUCACCCGGUGGCUUGGAGGCAAGCGGCGCCCUGGCCGCCUUCCUUGGCCAAGCCACUCGGGCGCGUGCAUUCGGAUGGCGAUCAGCAGGUGACUUGACAGAGCUGGUGGGCACUUCAGAGUGGCGACAAAGACGAAAGGACGAGGAUCCUGUCGCCAGCGACGAGUCACGGGCCUACCUUGAGGAACCGGCAUAA